AUGGCGACUGGAGGCUACCGCAGCGCCGGGGGCAGCACCACGGACUUUCUGGAGGAAUGGAAAGCCAAGCGGGAGAAGAUGCGGGCGAAGCAGGCGCCGCCGGCCCCGGGCGCACCGGGGGGGGGAGAGCCCCGUCCUGCGGGGGGCGGCCCCUCCGCCGAGCUGAACAACAACAACAACAACCUGCCCCCCGACCGCGCGGCGCCCCCCGCCGGCGGGGCGCUGAAUUGCCUCAGCCUCGCCAGCGCCGCUCUGGGCCGCGGCGCCCCCGCCAAGGAACCGGCACCGGCCCUCGCCGGCAGCCGCGGGGCCGAGCCCGCCGCCGCGCCGGGCUCCCCCGAGGGCGAGGAGAAGCUGCUCGCCAAGGGAAAGAGCUCGGGCCCCAGCGCCAGGAAGGGGAAGGGGCAGAUCGAGAAGAGGAAGCUGAGGGAGAAGAGGAGGUCGACAGGUGUGGUGAACAUCCCGGCCGCCGAGAGCCUUGAUGAGUAUGAAGAUGAUGAAGCAGGGCAGAAGGAACGAAAGAAAGAGGAUGCUAUUACUCAACAGAAUACGAUACAAAAUGAGAGUUCCAGUGCAGAUACCUCUUGCUCAUAUUUACUCCAGGAUUCCUCCAGGAUGGUUUCAAGCAGGUAUAAAAGUGUGGCUAGCACACCAGAAGAUGAUGCACCAAACAGAUAUUCCCGAGCAGAGAGGACCACUUACAGCAGAUACAGCAGAGAUGCAAAUUCUUCAGGCAGCUCUCUACCAAGUAACACUUUGGAAAAGAGGAUUGAGGAACUUGAAAGGGAACUUGCAAAAGAAAGACAGGAAAAUGCAAGAUUAAUGAAGAUGGCACAGGACAAAGAAGAGCUAAUUGGAAAGCUGAAAGAAGAAAUUGAUUUAUUAAACAGAGAUCUAGAUGAUAUAGAAGAUGAAAAUGAACAAUUGAAGCAAGAAAAUAAAACCCUCUUAAAAGUUGUUGGACAGCUGACAAGGUAG